ACGCACCAAUCACGAGAGCUGUGAUUGAUUGAGCCGCUGUCACCGGACAAGCGGCGAGUUCCCCGUCCAGAAGCUUGAAGUUUCAGAUCAUUCAUCCAACUGAACUGAAGUUACUUUGACAACGACGAAGUGAAUCGACUCGUCACGGGGUGCCUUUUAACCUCUGGAUAUUAUCGUGGCUCUCUAGAGGACAGCUUGUGUAGUCCUGAUCUUCAAACGCAGAAAUGACAGCCGAGAAGGACAAGAAACGCUCGGAGCGGCGUAAGGAGAAGUCGCGUGAUGCGGCGCGCUGCCGGCGCAGUAAGGAGACGGAGGUGUUCUAUGAGCUGGCCCACCAGCUGCCUCUGCCACACAACGUCUCCUCCCACCUGGACAAGGCCUCCAUCAUGAGACUCGCCAUCAGCUUCCUUCGCACGCGCAAGCUCCUGUCUGCAGGCUGCAGUGCUGCAGAGACAGAGGAGGACAGACAGAUGGACAGCAUGUACCUGAAGUCUCUGGAGGGCUUCGUCAGCGUGAUUACCACCGACGGAGACAUAAUAUUCCUCUCUGAGAACAUCAACAAGUUCAUGGGCCUGACACAGGUGGAGCUGACAGGCCACAGCAUCUUUGAUUUCACUCAUCCAUGUGAUCAUGACGAGAUCCGUGAGAAUCUCAGCCUCAAAACAGGUGUUGGAAAGAAAGGCAAAGAGCUGAGCACAGAGAGAGAUUUCUUCAUGAGAAUGAAGUGCACAGUGACCAACCGCGGCCGUACUGUCAACCUGAAGUCAGCCAGCUGGAAGGUUCUGCACUGCACUGGCCACAUGAAGGUGUACACCAGCGGCCCGCCACGGGCUCUGUGUGGCUACAAGGAGCCGCCACUGGCCUGCAUCGUCAUGAUGUGCGAGCCCAUUCCCCACCCCUCCAACAUCGACACCCCGCUCGACAGCAAGACCUUCCUGAGCCGCCACAGCAUGGACAUGAAGUUCACUUACUGUGACGACAGAGUGGCAGACCUGAUGGGCUACAGCCCUGAGGACCUGCUGGGACGUUCUGUCUAUGAGUUCUACCAUGCCCUGGAUUCUGACAGUGUCACCAAGAGCCAUCAGAACCUGUGCACUAAGGGACAGGCUGUGAGUGGCCAGUAUCGUAUGCUGGCCAAACAUGGAGGUUAUGUGUGGGUGGAGACCCAGGGCACGGUCAUCUACAACAGCCGCAACUCUCAGCCACAGUGCAUCGUCUGCGUCAACUACGUCCUCAGUGAAAUUGAGGAGAAGGCCAUGGUGUUCUCUAUGGAUCAGACAGAGUCUCUGUUCAAGACCCACCACAUGAGCAGCUUCUUCAGCCAGACGGGGCCAGUGGCGGCCGAGUCCGGCGAUGCCCUCUUCACCAAGCUCAAGCAGGAGCCCGAGGACCUCACCCAGCUGGCGCCGACCCCCGGAGACACCAUCAUCAGCCUGGACUUCGGUCACCCUCAGUUUGAGGAGCGUCCACUGUUCAGUAAGAUGUCCCCCAUGCCCCGUCCUGCUGGGCACUCCUUCCUCAGUGACAGUGUCAAGCCUGGUACCCCUGAGGUGCCCACUGUCACCCCAACCUUCUGUGUGUCACAGGCACCCCCACCUGGCAGUGCCACCCCCAGCCUAAGCAGCUGCUCCACACCAAGCAGCCCAGGUGAUUGCUACGCUACCGUGGACAGCGAUCUGACAAGCUCCCAGAUAGAUCUCACAGAGAAGAUGUAUGCUCUGGACACCCAGGAGACAAACGCCACUGGCACUACAGAGUCUGAUUUGAGUGAUCUUGACCUGGAGACCCUGGCUCCCUACAUCCCCAUGGAUGGGGAGGACUUCCAGCUGCACCCCAUUUGCCCUGAAGAGUCCCCCGCCAGCGAGACCACAGGCCUGGGCACCACCCAUCACAGCUUUAGCAAUAUCGCCAGCCUCUUCCAGCCCCUCUCCUCCGGCCUGCCCGCCCACUACCAGCCCACCAUGGGCACCACGGGGGCAGACAAGCGGGCACCCGGCGCGGACCCCUGGCCCAACAUGGCCUGUGGAGGGCCCCCUGCCCUUCCACCUUACCACGCCCCAGCCAGCACCCCUCUGUCCUCUAUGGGUGGCCGUCAGAACCUGCAGUGGCCCCCUGACCCCCCGUUACACUACCAGCGGCAAGUGGCCAAACCAGGCAUGUCAUCCACUCAGCACUUGCACCAGAUGAUGCCAACCAAUCAGAUGCCCAUGUACAAGCAAAGGUCCAUGGAGAAUUUUGUCCAAGCCCAGAGGGACAUGAGCCCGGCUCGUUUGGCUCUGGCCAACAGCAUCAAGCGUUCCUUCACUCAGAUGGCAACGGAGGACAUGCAGCAGAAUAAACCCUCAGAGAUGAUGUGGAAGAAGAUGAGGAGUGACAGCUGUGCCGUGAUGGACAGGAAGUGUCUCAGCACCAGCGCCCUAUCAGAUAAAGGUAUGGGCUUGUCAGAUGGCUUUGGCCAUCAACACAGAAAGACACAGUACCCCUGUAACCAAACAUGCAUGUCAAAGAAACCUUUCUCUGGACAGUGCUGCAACUACAGAGAGUACAGCGUAUUGCCCUCAUCCAAAAAUGAGGGGAUGGUGAGUCGUCUCCUGGGCCCCUCCUUUGAGACCUUCUGCCUGCCUGAGCUCACGCGUUAUGACUGCGAGGUGAACAUUCCCCUGCAGGGCAAAAUGCACCUGCUGCAGGGCAGCGAACUCCUGAGGGCUCUUGACCAGACCACCUAGACCACGAGACCUGGUCCCAGAUCAGCCCCUCAACACCUCCCCACUUACACAACCCUUCCAGCGACUCGCUGAGGGCCUCUUAUCAGACCACCAACACAGGCCACCUGUGUCCCAAAACCUGGUCCCAGAUCAGUCCCUUGUCCCCUUUCUCACUACAAUCCUCACCACCCCACCCCUACUGAUCUCCCAAAACCCCACUGAGAAAAUGAAAAGAUAUCUGGAAACUUCUGUAAGGAGUGAUAUAUACUCAGAACAGCAACCCUAGAAGCUUGGUCAGCGAGUGUAUGUUUUUAGAUAGUCUAUUAUGAUGAGGUAUGACAGUGUAUGAUGUCAGAGAGGUUUGAUUUCCACAAUGUGCUUUCCAGGAUCCAGCUCCUCUUCAAAUCACUAUGAGGUGGUUGCUCAAAAUGUAGCAUUUUGAAAUCUGUGGGUUCGAGUAGAGACGAGCGAAUGCAGGCGUGUGUGUGUGUGUGUGUGUGUGUGUGUGUGUGUGUGUGUGUGUCAGACAGGUUCUUAGACAGGCACAGAAUGCAGUCUGCCACUAUUGUGCCUUCAGUCAAAGUAAGUUUUGUGCAGAGAAGCCCUUAUUUUGAUAGAAAUUGCCAGCAGACAAAACAAUGUGUUUAAUAAAGAUAUGUAAUUCUUACCCAUGCUAAAAUGAUAGCACAACACAGGUGCCCCUAAAAUAAACCAAUAUGUUCCUCACAGGCCAUGGAACCUGAUGAAGCAUUGAUUUUUUUUAACACUGCCAGUCUAAGAAUAUUUAGUUAAAUACAAGCAUGAAGUUAUCGGCGCAAAAUAGAGGUGACUUCUCUUGCAACCACGGCUACUGGCAAUCUUACCCACAGACGCCCACCUCAUCCCAUUUUAUUAUUCACAGAAAAGUCGCUUAGAGAUUUAUUUUUACUAUCCUCAUCUUUUAAGUUAUAUACCUGCAUUAUUUUUUAGUUACAAGGAUUCAUUGCAUAUUCAUUUUUUUUUGUCAGUGUCCGAAAUCUAUUUACCGAACUUUUAUCUUUGUGUUUAGAGUGUUGGAUUCUAUUAUUGUCAUCGUGGUCCUCUGUCUGUCAUUCUACUUGGUUACAACAAGCUUGAUCCGGGGGGAGACCCCCAUGUUGCCUUCACAUGUUUGGCAUGUUUUUAGGAACUAUCACAAGUAGCCAUUUCCUCCCUUUAAUCUUCCUUCAUUAUUUUUCUCAUUUUCACUGUCUGUCUUUUCCUCACAUCUCAUCAAUGCUCUGUUGUGGUGACCACUUUAUCUUUACAUAUAUAUGAAUAAAUAUUUUAGAGCUGUAUCCGUAUAUUUGUUUAAAGUGGAUUGGAGAUGUCCAGUACUGUGUCUAAAAAUACUAUUUUAUUGCUUGUAGGCUUCGGUACUCUUGUCUUCUCUAUGCAGUAGAUACAAAUCGGAGUACUGUCUGGUUUCAACGGAAAGUAGCACUGUUGAUUUUUUCCUGUGGUUUGAGAUAUGCAAAAGCCUUACCGUAUUUUCUCUUUUUUUGGCAGGCCAGUACUGUUCCUUCUAUCAUGUUCUUUUGAUUUUGUUGUUGUUGUUGUUAAUCAAAAAGCAGUAAAUAAAAAUAUAUAUAUAUAUUCAGUAAUAAUAAGAAAAAGUUCCACUCUUGACACAUGUAGCAGAAUUCUGAAUUUUUUGAAAGGCAAAAAUUGUUAAGACUGCAUUUAAAUAAAACAGAUGGACACAUCUGAUGAUGACAAUACUUUUGUAGAUGAGUUGAGGUGUUUGCUUUGGUGCAGCAGCCGAGUUGUGUAUUACUGGGAUCCACCCACAUUAACACUGUAUCUAUCUAUUUGUUUGUUUGUUUGUUUGUUUUCUUUUUAAGGGAGGGGGCUGAGGUUGUCUUUAAGGUUGAACUGUGAGUUUCACUAAUGCCUUAAAACAUGCCCAAAUUUUGCCAGAAGUGCUUAAAGAUGACGAUUAGACUAACCCCUCAGAGCCACAGACUGGUAUCUGCUUUGUUGAGUCGUGUUUUAGAGUUAGAUUCACUAUCCCAUGGUACCCAAAUCCUGUCUUAUUUAUAUCCAUAAGCUCACCAUUUGCCAAAUAUGAAAUACAUCCCUUGGUGGUAGUCUGAUAACAUCCUCAUAGCUGUUCAUUGUUAUUAGCCAUGGAAAUAUAGUAUAAUAAUUAAUGAUGAUAUACUAGUCUGAGUUUAGAUUGUAGACAACACUGGUGAAAAGGUGAAAUGAGAAGAUAUAUUCUAGAAUUCUAGAAGUUGUCUAAGUAUUUUAAAGGUUUUGCAGGUGCGGAGCUAGCAUACUCUGCAGUCAUGCAUAGCCACUGCGUUGACUGUGAAUGUGUUUAUGUCAGAUUGGACUAGGUUGUUGGAAAAUUGGAUAAUGUCAUGGAUGUCACUGAGGAUUAUUCAGUAACCAAGGUAAACUGGCAAGCAGAGGCAGUGUUCUAUAUUACAGCCAGGGGGUCUGUUCCUCUCAAGCCAAAUCUUAACAUGCAUUUGAUUAUUACCCUCCGCUGAAUCCAAACAUUCAGAUGUCACUGCGAUAUUAAGCUCAAUGAUUGCUUUGGCAACAUGAGUAAUUGCCACUCCAAAAACAAUAAAAUGAAGCCUUAGUUAGCAUCUUACAAUGCUGAUGGAGAGCAGAAUGUCUCUAUGGUAUGUUGGCAAUUGAGCUAGUCCUCUUGCCUUCAAACAUAGGGCUAUGAGAGGAAGGUAGAGACCUUUUGAGCGGUGAGGAAGGGAGGUGAAGUCUGCUCAGCCUACCCACUGAUGCAGCAACCUCAUAUCUCACAGCAUUAACAGUCUCUUCCUCUCUCUAUAUAUCAAUAUAUUUUGCAAACACCCCCAGUCCUUCUCUCUGUUAUCAAUACACAAAUAUGCAUUCUUGUGCAACCUAAAAAAAAAUCUUAAUUUAUGGGAAAAAUAUCGCUGGAACAGCCUCAAUCCAAAGACAGAGAAAAGACAAAAUGUUCUCUUUGUUUUCCUCGAGCCAAAGCGAACGGAAUCUUGAGCAUUUCCCCAAGUGAUGUGGAGCCUAGAUUAAAAAUAUUGCCCGGAUAAUGCAAGAGGAUGUGCAAUUUGAUGUUGUUUAUUUAUGUUUUCUGCUAAGUGGAUGAGGCAGGGCGCAUGAGUGUCUGUCAAGGGGAAUGAGAAAUUGGUGUCCCAUCAGACUUCUGUACACAGAUAGCAAGAUGUUUUACUCAAAUAUAAAUAUACUGAGUCCCAAGUAGUCCACAAGCAGAAUAAACUUAUGGGGACACAUAUUUGACCUGGAGUGUCCCCAUUAGGUUAGUUUGUCAGGAGUUUUAUCAUGAACCAGGAGCUCAAAGAGUAUAGUUCUCUAAUGUUUACUUGAAUUACCAGUGAUUAAAGCCAAAGUAAAGUUGCCCACACUUCAAUUCUAUUUAUUUGUUACCUUAGAUAUCUCAGUAUUGGCUUGGUUGCACUAAAGAGUUAAUAGUUAAUAAAAUAAAACUGUACACCUGUAAGUGAGGAGAGACAUGGUCAAGUCAAGAUGCAUCAACUGCCCACAGAAAGACCUAUCACCAGUCUUAGCUGUAGCCUCUGUGUUCUCUGAGGGGUGUUAAAACGUCAUGUGCAGUUAACCAUAAAUGUGAUGAAAGCUGUGUCAACCGUAUUCUUGGCAUAUACAUGUUGCUCACACUCAACAUUAAGGGCAUUGCUUGUCCAAAACUGAGAAAUCUACCAUUGUGUGCUUAACUUUAUGUCAGUAGUCAUUACUGUCAGGUUUUGUUUUAUGAGAUCAACAGAAACUGCUUUUUGACUCAUGCAUGGUUCUACUGGAGUAAAGAUGAGCUGAUGAUGGCGGAGUUUCCAUUUGUGGACGAUGUGUCCAUUUAAAGACAAUUACAGUGAUGUUUUUUGUUUGUUUUCUAGACAUAAUAAAGGGGUUGUUUUCAUGGGACUAUGUCUGCUUUCACCCUGUUUAAUUUUUGUUUUGGAUGUCUUAUAGUUACAUUAGCUGAAACCAUGACUAUUUUAAUAUGCUAAAUUCAUAUUUACUAUAUUAUUAUUAUUAUUAUUAUUAUUAUUAUUAUUAUUAUUAUUAUUAUAUUUCUUGUUAUUGUUAUUACUGUAUGGGAAAUUUUGCCCCAGUAAGAAGUUGUAUUUCUGCACUGAUAUGUUAUUAAAGCAUAUUGAUCUCA